UAUACUUAUGUGUGUGUGAGCGGUUCAAGUGGUGCUGCUGGCUUAGAUUCCCGUGCUUUUCUUUUUUUUUGAAUUUUUUUCGGCGCCGUUUCUGGCUUUUGGUUCUGGUUUUUGGCGAAUAGUUUGUCCCGGCCAGUCAGCCAGGAAGCCAGUUAACAGGGCUCUCUCUUUCCCUCUCUCCAACUAGCUCUCGCUCGCUCUCUGUCCUGGCGAGUGUGUGUGUGUGUGCGAGUGUGUGCGUGUGGCAACUUCGUUGUUGCUAGUGGCAUUGCUGCUGCCACUUCUGCCACUGCCACUGAAACUGCUGCUGCUGUUGGCUUUUGGCAUUGUCAACAACGCGGCACAAAGUUCAUACAAUUGUGACACGCGGCGCGUUAAGCACGUGGCUCUGACUGAUAACAGAACUCUGUCUGCCUAAAUCAAAUAAAAAUUAAUAAAAAUCAUAUAAAAAUGCCGCGUAGAAACGGCUAAUGCAUAUUUUAAACAAUUUUUUUUUUGCAAGUGUUCUGCGUUGCUGCGUAUGUGUGCGUGCCAGUGAUAAGCUUGAUUGACCUCCUGACCCCACUGUCUGUGAUUUUUGUUCGAGUGCCGCGAGAGAAAAGUGCGUGAACGGUCCGGGAAAACUGAGCGAUUAGCUAACGUCUGGCCAUAACCGUUUAGUAGUCGCCAUUUGCAAUUUACCAGCAACCGGAGCAGUGCAUUCAACUCCAUUUGGAUGGCAUCCAAAAGAAGAUACAUGAAUUGUGAUAUGUAAAAGGAGGGUCUUUAAAGGAGUCAAAGCAAAGGAACUGUCAUGAAUGAACUAAAUCAAACAAAUCUAUGCACAAUAAACACUAAUAAAAGUAAAGUUAAACACUGUUAAACAUUUAAAACAAAUAAACUAAUAGCCACUGCACCUUAACUAGAAUUUACAAAACAAAAAGUUGUGAAGUGAACUUAAAAUCUUACGAAAUGAAAAUCAACUAUAAAGUUAAAUUUAGAAAACCAUUUCGUACAAACAGAUAUAUUAUAAAUCAUUAAGUCUUAAAGAUUUCACUAGAUUGUGAUAUUACACCACGAGAACAUUAAACUUUUCUCAAAAUAGCUUAAUAGUAAAACGAAAUACCUCUCUUAAAAAUGUCAAUACGUGUUCACUAUCAUUAUUAAAAAGAAAAGAAGUAGUGUUUAAAAAAACUAUCAACCGCUUUCGAUCACAUAUAAUUGAAAUAAAUUUAAUAAAAUGAUUGUGUUAUCAAAAAUGAGCUAUAAACAUUAAUGUGGGGUAUUUAAAAUAAAGAACUUUGCGCAAAAAGACGUCAAACAACCACAGCAAUGAGCAGCAACAAUGGCAACGAUCAUUCGCAACAGCAGCAGCAGCAGGCGACGCCUGGCACAUCAGUUGCAACACCUGCUGCAGCAGCAACAACCACUGCCCAUCCGGAGGCUAGUGCGCCUGGAUCCGGAUCAGGAUCAGGAUCGCAGGCAUCGCGACCUGCAACGGCGCCUGCACGUUCCAGCAGCAGCAGCAACAACAACAAUAAUGCCACCAGCAGCACCAGCUUUUACAGGGUCAACCUGAGCAACACGAACAGCAGCAGCAUCAACAACAACACCACCAGCUGCAGCAGCAGCAGCAACAACGCUAAUCAAGCCAGCAACAACAAUCACCAUGAGAGCAGCAACAACACAUUGGUAGUCAACACCAGCAGCACUGCAGCAGCAGGAGGCACUACAGCUGGAGCAACUGCAUCAACAGCCGCCACUAAUAACAACCACAUCUAUGUGAAUCCGCACAGCUACGAUAGCAGCACCACCGGCAGCGUGAGUGGUUCCACGGCAGUGAUGCUGCCACUGCCACUGACUCUCCCGCUCAACUUGCAACAUCAGCCAUCAGCAGCAGGCGCAGCAGCAGGAUCAGCAUCAGUCGACUCGCAGCAGCAAAAUGCGUUGGGUGGCAGCAACACGGGCGCCAUCAGUCGCAUUGGAACCAUGACCGGAACUGGCACCUCCACGUCCACAACGCUGAGCACCCUGAACACAUAUCUCUUUCCCUGUGGCGCCGACUCGGCCAGCAGUUGCGAUCUGGACAGUAACUUCAGCCAGAUGCUGGGCGCCGGCAGCGAGGGUGGAGCGAGCAGUUCCCUCAGCCAGACGACGGCGCCGGCGGGUGCGGGAUUGGGAUUGGGCGUGCAGCUGGGGCUGGGCUUCAUCAACAGUCGGCGGCGCAUCAGGCGACUAUUCGGUGUGGGAGACAUGGUGCCGCCGGUGGCCACGCCCACACCCUAUGCAGCCGCCCUCAGACGGCGCAGUUCGCAGUUGGUGCAAAUGACCAAGAAGCGGGAGAAGGAACUGGAGGAUCUGGAGCAGCAGCAGAGAAUAGCCACGGUAGCCUCGGCCAAUGCCGCUUUCCUCGAGCGCCGCGAGCAGCAGCAGCAGCAGCAACAGCAGCAACAUCUGCAACAGACGCAGCAGCAGCAACAUCUGCAGUUCGCCUUCAAUCCCCUGCAACCUGAGGCUGGAAAAAAGAAGAAAAAGAAGCCUCCUGGACCGCCGGCCCACACGAGACAGCAAUCGUCGCGAACCAUGGACGAUCCCAUGAUGAAUCGACCCAGGAAGAGCACACCUGCGGCCAGCAAGAAGAAGGACAAGGGACUGGAGAACCCCUAUGAGAAGUCUUUGCCCAAAUUGAGCAGUCAAGACGAAGAAGGGGGGGCUGGUCAUGGCUUUGGUGGCGGACCGCAACACUUUGAACCCAUUCCUCACGAUCAUGAUUUCUGCGAAAGAGUCGUUAUAAAUGUAAGCGGAUUAAGGUUUGAGACACAACUACGUACGUUAAAUCAAUUCCCGGACACGCUGCUUGGGGAUCCAGCUCGGAGAUUACGGUACUUUGACCCGCUUAGAAAUGAAUAUUUUUUUGACCGUAGUCGACCGAGCUUCGAUGCGAUUUUAUACUAUUAUCAGAGUGGUGGCCGACUACGGAGACCGGUCAAUGUCCCUUUAGACGUAUUUAGUGAAGAAAUAAAAUUUUAUGAAUUAGGUGAUCAAGCAAUUAAUAAAUUCAGAGAGGAUGAAGGCUUUAUUAAAGAGGAAGAAAGACCAUUACCGGAUAAUGAGAAGCAGAGAAAAGUCUGGCUGCUCUUCGAGUAUCCAGAAAGUUCGCAAGCCGCCAGAGUUGUAGCCAUAAUUAGUGUAUUUGUUAUAUUGCUAUCAAUUGUUAUAUUUUGUCUAGAAACAUUACCCGAAUUUAAGCAUUACAAGGUGUUCAAUACAACAACAAAUGGCACAAAAAUCGAGGAAGACGAGGUGCCUGACAUCACAGAUCCUUUCUUCCUUAUAGAAACGUUAUGUAUUAUUUGGUUUACAUUUGAACUAACUGUCAGGUUCCUCGCAUGUCCGAACAAAUUAAAUUUCUGCAGGGAUGUCAUGAAUGUUAUCGACAUAAUCGCCAUCAUUCCGUACUUUAUAACACUAGCGACUGUCGUUGCCGAAGAGGAGGAUACGUUAAAUCUUCCAAAAGCGCCAGUCAGUCCACAGGACAAGUCAUCGAAUCAGGCUAUGUCCUUGGCAAUAUUACGAGUGAUACGAUUAGUUCGAGUAUUUCGAAUAUUUAAGUUAUCUAGGCAUUCGAAGGGUUUACAAAUAUUAGGACGAACUCUGAAAGCCUCAAUGCGGGAAUUAGGUUUACUUAUAUUUUUCUUAUUUAUAGGCGUCGUACUCUUCUCAUCGGCGGUUUAUUUUGCGGAAGCUGGAAGCGAAAAUUCCUUCUUCAAGUCCAUACCCGAUGCAUUUUGGUGGGCGGUCGUUACCAUGACCACCGUUGGAUAUGGUGACAUGACGCCCGUCGGCUUCUGGGGCAAAAUUGUCGGCUCUUUGUGCGUGAUCGCUGGUGUGCUGACAAUCGCACUGCCGGUACCGGUUAUCGUCAGUAAUUUCAAUUACUUCUAUCACCGCGAAACGGAUCAGGAGGAGAUGCAGAGCCAAAAUUUCAACCACGUUACAAGUUGUUCAUAUUUACCUGGUGCACUAGGUCAACAUUUGAAGAAAUCCUCACUCUCCGAAUCGUCGUCGGACAUAAUGGAUUUGGAUGAUGGCAUUGAUGCAACCACGCCAGGUCUGACUGAUCACACAGGCCGCCACAUGGUGCCGUUUCUCAGGACACAGCAGUCAUUCGAGAAGCAGCAGCUCCAGCUUCAGCUGCAGCUGCAGCAGCAGUCGCAGUCGCCGCAUGGCCAGCAGAUGACGCAGCAGCAGCAGCUGGGCCAGAACGGCCUAAGGAGCACAAAUAGUUUACAGUUAAGGCACAAUAACGCGAUGGCCGUCAGUAUUGAGACCGACGUCUGACUACUAGUCAAACAAAUGGAAAAUGGACGAAAUUUGCGCAGUGAAAUGCUACGUUGGAUGCCAGAAACGUCAUCAAAAGCAGUCUAAUUUAGAAUUUUAUUAAUAAAUACAAUUAAAAUAUAAUUAUAAUAAUUAGUAAGCAACGUAGUUGUAAAUUAAACAGCAAAUGUACACACACACAACACACACACAGACACAGUGCCAGUUCACUCAGCUUGAAUUAGAGUAUUUGUAGACACCAAAAAGAGUCAAAUAUGGACUGGCCUUCAAUAGGGAUUUCCUUGUUUCUCCUUUCAUUUUCCUUCUGGUAAUCUACACACCGAAAACACUACACACACACGUCCACACACACUCAAAGAAAAAACUCUACUUGAUACCUAUGUUCAAAUUUAGCAAUUAACAACUAACAAUCGUUAACAACAACAAAACAAAACAUAUAAAACAAAAAACGAGAAAAAAAAAACAAACAAAACCAAAAUCUAAUUAUCUUAGUAGACUAAUCUAAUUGGAGUUUCUUCCUUUCUUUAGAAGCUAGCAAAACAAAAACAAAGAACAACAACAACCAGACAAAAACAAACAUACAAUAUCUGCUAAUUUUAUUUUCAUCUUUAAAUUAUGCUCUAUUAUUAAAUAUUAGUCAGAAUAUUAGUAAAACAAACUAAACCGAUAGAAAAUACCAAAACAACAACAACAAGUAGCGGAAACGGAAAACUAAGGGCAAACUAAAGGCAAGGCAAAAUAGAAAAGGAAUAUGGAACGACGGAUUAUCGUCGUUAAAACAGUGCUCGGUUGAUAUGUUUCAUUCAAUAUUUUAGAUAUCGAUUUGAUUUCGAAACGUUUUCCUCGCAUUAAUUACCAAUAAUUUACUUGAAGAUAUAUGAGAUUAAUUAUUGCAGUUUAUAAAAUGGAAAGCCCUUAGCUUAUAUUGACAAUUAGGCAUCGUCCGAUGAUUGAUUAUUUUCGUAUAAAGGACAUCCGUUUAACUCGAGCGCUGUUUUGAUAUUUCGUUGACACUACCAACACAGCCAUACACAUAGACACAUGAGACACACAUGAUAAUGCUAAAAACAUCAAAACUGCCGUUAAGUUUAAAGAAUGAGUAAUACAAUGAUUAUAUAUAAAUAAAUAUAUAUUUAAUAUAUACAUACAUUUACACAUAUAAUUAAAUAUACAUAAACUAAAGUAAAACUGCUAUUUUGUAAAUAAGUGAGUCAGAGCUGAAGCUGAACAAAUAGACAUAGACACAAAAUAAAUAUUAAACGACAAAAAAAAUCAAACAAAAACCAACCAAAAACCAAAAUCAUAGCUAACUAAAGGGAAUACAAAAACGAACCUAAAACCAAAAAUAAGGAAAGCUGCUAACGAUACAAAAACAAUAAUUAAACUUAGCAAAUACAGACAACCUAAAACAGCCACAAAAAAAAGAAUGCCACAAGAACAAAAUCUAGAAGAAACCGCGCUGAUCUUUCCAUUUAGGAACCAAGAAACCAAAAAGAGGAAACCAAUUGCAAAUUUUAUAUGAGACCUGUAGGAGAAUCCUGGCUCAUCCAGUACUAGCUAUGAUCUCUUAUAGAGACCCUUGUGAUGCCCACGUGCAUGGACUUGCUUUCGUUUGGUUAAAUGCAGUCUAUUAUAGUUUCUAGUUUAGUUUAGUUUAGUUUAGCCUGCCUUCCCUUAGGAAAAAGAGACGGCUGUAACAGCUUCGAUAUUCAGUUCUCAACUCGAGAGAUAUGCAGUAUAUAUCCUAUAUAUUCCUCAGAACUGUUGCAUGUUGUAUGUGUCUUUAUUUUGUCUCCACUGCACGCACAGAACACACAGAUACAGAUACGGAUACAGAAACAGAAGCUUUAGGAUCUAAUAGCUCACACAAACAUGUUCAUGAGUUGUAACUUGAUUCGCUGUCUUCCUGAUUUUUGUGAUUUGAUAACAAUCGAAAUCUUCUCACUUGAAAAGCGUUCAAUCUAGCGACUUCAACUUUUGUCAAAUUCCUAGAAAACGGCAAACGGAAAAAGAAAACUAAAAGCUACAAAAAAAAAUCGGAUAGGAAAAUCGUUAGGGGUAAAACCAAAAUUAUCAAUUUCAAUUUGAAUGCGCAUUCGAUAUAUCAAUUCUAUACAACAUAAGAUACAAAUACGUUUGAACUGCUUCCACUGCUUCACUGUGCAGUGCAUAGUGCCGAAUGUCAGCGUGCAAAUAGAUCGAUCGAAGCCAUAUCUAAAUUUCUCUAUACCUAGAAUCCUACCUACAAAGCUUUGCUUCUACUGCUCUUGCUAACCAAAACGAAUUAUGAAAAUCGAAAUGGAGGGAGGAGAAUCAGACGAGGGAGCCCACAAGUUACUUUGGACCACAGAAGAAACAUCUCACAAGCCAGAGAUUUGGCUGGUGAGGAUUACGUAGUGUUACGUUAACAAUUACGAUAACGAUGAUAUAACUUUGGAGUUAAAGAUGGGAUAGAUGGGAUUACCAUGUUGAGAACUAAGCUAACGCAGGCAUAUAUACAUACACACAUAUAUGAUAUUUAUAUAUAUUCGGAUAUAUAUAUAUAAAUAUGUUUUUUUUUUUGUUAGAUAUGCGACUGAAUAAAAAGUUUUUAUUGAUUUGCUGCUUGUUGUAAUUAAGAAGAAUUUAAACAAAUAUUUAUACCGAAGCAAUCUGUAAAUAUGUAAAAACGAAAAAUGAAAAAACCGAAAAAAACGGAAAACCAAGCAAAAAAUAUAAGAGCGGGGAGAAAAAAAACGUUAAAUAAAUCGAAUCAAUUUACAGCUUUGAAAACCGUCCACACGCACACAGCAAACGAAAGAGAAAAAGAUAAAGAAAAAUAAUGAGAAGGCGAUAGCGAAUGAGAAUGAGAGUGCGGCGAAGAAUUAGCGCGGGAAAGAGAGGGAGAAUCAACUAGAACCGAAAGUCAUUCUUACGUAUACUUGAUUUGGCCUUAAAGAAACACGCCUGCUUGCACACACACGAACACAGACACACAUUCAUGCUCCGAUCGGCCCUACCUAUAUACGAAUAUAUAUAUUAUAUAUGUAUGUAUAUACUAGUAGCAAAAGUUGAAGCAUCCCAUGUUGUGUACUCAUGUCAAUGUCCCGGCCAUAUCCAUUAGCAUUAUAUAUUAGCGGAUUUUUGAAUUUGUGGAUUAAUGGAUUAUUGGAUGAUUGGAUUCACGGACCUGCGUCCGAGUUCAGUUUGGUUUUAGUUCGUUCGAUUCGUUGAGAAGUUCUCGGUCGGCCAACCGAUUAGAUAAGCCCAAUGAGCAAUAACAAAAUACCACAAGAUUGCAUAUAAAAUAUUCUUAAUAUUAACUACGAUAAUUACACAAUAAUCUCUAUAUAGGCAUACAAAUAAUAAUACAAUUAAAAACAUAUCGUCUUCAAGUCAUGCAAACGGAUAAACCAAAUUCAAAAUAUUUUUUUUUUUUAUAAGCGUAAUUUACAAACUAAUAUUAAACUGAGAAAUCGCUAAGAAAAAUGAAGCUUACUAUUAAAAACCAAAAAAAAAUGAUGCAGAGAGACCGCAGCAUAGGAAUGAUAGAAAGGAUAAUUUGAGGGCAAAAGGAGGAGGAACCAACUUGGCCAGACUACAACUAAAAGUGAUAUAAAAACCAAAAACAAGAGUCACAAAACAAAAGUAAGAAUUCCCAAAAACCAAAAAAAAACUAUUAACAAAGUAAAGAUAACUUGCCAAAAUAAUUAAGGGUAUUAGAAAGCGGAAGCGGAAGUGGAAGUGAGCCGGAAGUGAAGUGAAAAAGAAGCGAAGCGAAGAGAAGAGAGAACUAUGUUUAAUUAUGACCGAAGUAAUAUGCCUAGGAUCAAGUACAGUCUGCAGAGUCUAGCUAAGUCCAGCUUGCCCCUUCCAGUAGAUUCCCCCAUAGACCCCCAAAUAGUCCAGGAAUCGCAGAUUCCUUCCUUGCUCGUUUCAGGAUCGAUGAGGUGGACAGAGAAGCCGGAGGAGAAGCGAAUAAAAUGAAUAAAAACAAAGACUGGAAUAAAACAAAUAAAGAUUACAACAACAACAAACAACAAGUAUAUACACACAAGCCGGGGGACUGCAGACAUAUAUCUAUGUAUAAUGUUCGAUCAGUCGGACUUGACAUACAUACAUAUAUACUUGAAAGUUCCAGACCACAUCAUUCAGUUCAAACCAAUCCAAACCAAAUCAAAUCAAAUCAAAUCAAAUCAGUCUUCAUUAUCGAUUUCGAUUUCGAUUCCAUUCCGAGUCUUCAUUUCGAUUAAAUAAAGUGCAACACUACCAAACAAAAAUAUAUAUUUAGCUCAAGCAUGCGAAAUACAACAAUAAAAGUAAAUGCAAGUAAAGAUGAUAACUAUGCCUAGAUAAUACCACACAACCACAC